UUCUUUUUAUUAAUGUCACAGAUGAGAGCAGCACUGAGAUUUUUAAAUAUUAUCGUCGACUUAAUUUUCUCCUGCCUAUUGCGAAGUCACGUAGCAUUAACCAGCGGUGAGUCAGUGUCUGGAAACCUGAUCGUUGAGGGGAAGUUGAUGUGGAAAGAACCUUUUAGGAGGGAAACUGUGGCCGUGACGUGUCAGGCCGCUUGCAUUCAGCUCUCCUGAGGUAAGAGCACAGGUAUUCCCCUGGACUGACAGCACAUGGCUCCAUCCCCAGAGGCCUCAACAAACCGCUUCAGGCGGUUGGACCGGUUGGUGGACCCGGGGAACCUCAUGCAGAAGCACUCUGGACCCUGGAGACCAGGAGCUGAAGUUGGCCUUUGCUACGGUUUGUGGGGUUGAUGAAACCGCACGAGGUUUAUGUAAAAGCAAAUGCACAGGUGCAACGUUGUAAAAUGCGUCAUUGAAGGAAGACAUUCAGAAACGUUGAGCAUCUAUCGAACCACCACGAGGACACGCCUCCUCCGUCCACCCGCCCGUAUGAGCUCGGCUCCUCUCCGGUCCGGGUCGCUGUGGACCUCAUUUGCACACACGGCUGGAACAUGUCCAGGGUGGAGGCGUUCAGGGACACGAACCUCCGCUGUCUGCUGAGGGAGCUGCGCACUGACAUCGCGAUGGCUGUGGAUGACUCCUUCCCUCUGGUCUACGGCUUGGCAGACAGGAACAUCAUCACCGAUCAGCUCCUGAAGGACACUCUAGAGAAGGAAGGUCGAGAAGGGACCCACAAAGCCAUGUACGCGCUCCUGUCCUGGGUCCUGGAGCAGAGCCGAUCCACCGUCCAGUCCUUCUGGAGCAACAUGACCAAGGGCUACAACCUGGACAGCUACCCCAAGCUCCAGACGCUGCUCAACGCGCUGCGCUCCAAGAAGGAUGCUGCAGGUUCCAGGGGUGAGAAGAAGUCCUCUGCAGGUCCCAAACCUCAACAGGCCAAGAAGAGGAGCCACGAGCACAGAGAGGCCAACCCCAGCAAUGAGCAUUCGCGCUAUCACGCCAGGACAAGCGAUGAGCCAGGAGGUAAAGUGAAGCUGUACAGAGUGAAGCCCGAAGCGUCAGCUCCACAGCUGCUCGCUGCAGACACGUUCACCCACGCCUGUGCGGCGGCUGUGCAGGCGGCGCCCUCCUCCGCCCAGGCGGGUGCAGGCCUCCCCUCCUCGGGCUCGGCCUCCGCUGAAACCAGAGACAGGAGCCACACGCAGCAAGGGCCGUCUGCAGAUAGAACAACCAGGAAGCACAUGAAAGCUGGUGGGGAGUUUUGUGCUCCAUCAGAGGCGCCACCUGGAGCGUCCGUGUCCACGGCUGCAAUGACCACAUCUCACCACAAGGUGGAGACAGCCGCCGGCACGAUUCACUAUAAUGAUGAUGAGUGCACAGUGUGUAGAGACGGAGGGGAGCUGAUUUGUUGUGACGUCUGUCCUCGAGCUUUUCAUCUGACCUGUCUCAGCCCCCCGCUCACAUCUAUACCAAGUGGUUUCUGGAAGUGUGAGUGGUGCCGAGGCAACAGAGUAAAGAAAGAGGAAUCCCAUGUACCUGUACAAUCUCUUGUGGCUCAGCCUCAGCAAACAGGCACCAGCUCCAAUAAGCCCAUCACAGAUGUGUCCUUCCACCCGUCACUGUCCUCCUCCCUCCCUGAAAAUGGACCCAUGGGUAGAAACCAGUGCGCUGGCGGAGAGCUGAUCGCCGCCAGGGAGUCGUGUGGCGUUUGUGGCCUCGGCGGUGGAGACCUGGCCCACUGCCUCCAGUGUUUGGACAGUUUCCACGCACGCUGCCACUUCCCCAAAGGCAGAUCCAUCUGCUCGUCCUGCUCCAGGCCCUGGGGCGGCCCGGCCGACAAGGACUCACAGUUUGCCCCAGUCGUUCCAAACACACUUAAUCGUGAUGAGAGCUCCUGUGUGUCUGAGCCUGUUCUCCAUAAAGACGAACUGGACUCCAUCCUGGGAGACCAGGGCUCCAUCGACGGCAUCUUGCAGUGGGCCUUUCACAACAUCUCUCGGCCUCUUCCAGACCCUCAGGGAUGUUACCAGUGACAGACGGAGGAGCAGGCCAGCGCUCAAACACGGGCCCUGAUGGGCUGAAGCCACAAUGAGACAUAAAUGAAAACAGAUUUACAUAAACAGGAUGACAAUUAAUAUUGUGAGCUAAUUGACUAUAAUGUGCUAAUAUUUAUAUCUAUAUUGUUUAUGGAUGUUGUGUUAUUUCUCAAGAAGGAAUAAAUGCACUCAUUAGUCAGGUGCUCUUGUCUCACACCUUGUAGCUUCCAUUGUACUUGUAUUGUAUUGAAGUGAACACAAUCACAUGACAGGUAGUGGAGUGUGGCGUUCAGGACCCCUUCUUCCCCCAGAGCUGCUGAAACACCGUCGUACUGAUCUACUG